CAAUUGGGUUUCUCCAAAAUUGAUUGAAAGAUUAAUUAAUAAGUUGAAUUGUUUGAAUAUAGAAUGGAUGACAAAUCGCUCCCUUAUAAUCUUCGACUACGAAAAGCUUCUGCUCCAACUGAACCUUCCAAGAUCAAUCAGAAGCAUGAAAGAGAUUUUCAGGAAAAAGGAGAUGAAGAAAUAGGUUUGGAGCAGCGAUGUGAAAAAUGUGGGUGUCGUUUUGGUAUUGAAAUCUCUCUUCAUUCACACCAUUGCAAGUGCAAGAAUAAGAUGAGCGAGGAGGGGAUGGAAAAUCAAGUGGUACCAGAAAUGUUGGAUCAAAAUAAUAAUAAUAAAAAAUCCUUCAGAAAAAGAAGCAGGAAGGGAAUACCAACACGGGCUCCUCUUUUUUCAGUCUUCAAUUAAGAUAUUUAUAGGGCAGUCAAAUUGUGUUCAUAUAUACAACUAUUUCAUGGGUUUUCUCUACCUC